AUGGAUAGAGAAAAGCUGACUUUGGUUAAAGAAAUUCAUCUUUUGGGAUUCCAAGCUCUUCAGAGCUUCAAAAUAAUGUACUUCUUACUAUUUCUUACGCUAUACAUUGUGACAUUGACUGGGAAUAUCAUGAUUGUCAUACUGGUGUCAGCCAGUCCCAAACUAAACCAUCCAAUGUUUUUCUUCCUUGGUCAUCUUUCUAUAAGUGACAUCAUACUAACCACAAAUAUUGUUCCUAAUAUGCUAUGUAUCAUACAAAGAGGACACAGUAGCAUGUCUCUUCCAUCUUGCAUUGUCCAACUUCAGUUCUUUGGAAUUUCAUUAGGUACGGAAUGCCUACUCCUUACGGUAAUGUCCUACGACCGUUAUUUGGCCAUAUGCAGUCCAUUGCACUACAACACGAUUAUGGACACCAGACUUCGUCUUUCCCUUGUUGUUUCUUGUUGGGUAUUAGGGUUUAUAAUAUCCUUUGUAACCAUAAUACUGGUAAGUCAAUUAAAUUUUUGUGGACCAAAUAUCAUUGAUCACUUUUUCUGUGACUUAGUUCCCCUUUUACAGCUUUCUUGCUCAGACACUUCUGUUGUGCAAAUAGAAAAUAUUGUCCUGGCCACUCCAUUGACACUCUUUCCAGCUAUAAUUAUCACUGUGACCUACAUUUGGAUUUUCAUCACCAUCCUUAAAAUUCCUUCAACCUCUGGGAGACAAAAAAUGUUCUCCACUUGCAGCUCCCAUCUGGCCGUUGUAUCUACUUUCUACGGAACGCUGGUCACACUCUAUGUUAUUCCCGCUAAUGGUCACUCGUUGAAUGCUAACAAGGUUCUGUCUCUGAUUUAUACUGUUUUGACUCCAUUAUUUAAUCCUAUUAUUUAUAGUCUGAGGAACAAGGAAAUAAGAGUUGCGUUGGAUAGAUAUGUAUCUUUAUUGAAGAGAUAA